CCACUUUUUUUUGGCGGCCUUUUCAACACCCCGCUGGCGACAUUGGAUCGCAUCCGCCGACAGAACAGCAACCACCGACGAUACCAGUAACGAAGCACGCCAUGGCACCGAGAAACCCCAAGCGCCAAGCAGCCGACGAUGAAUUCAUCGAUGCAAAUGACAUUGAGCAAGUCAUCGAGCUGGGCAAUGAAGAAGCAGAGCCCAUGAGCGAGGAUGAAGAGGCCGUAGAUCAUGACGAAAUGGACAACGACAUGCUUAACGACGACGAUGCCGAGCACUACGACGAUGAUGCAGAUUUUGAUGACGAGGAUGGCCAGGAAGGAGACGAGAUGGAGGGCGGGGAUUUCGUUUUGGUCGACGAUUCCAUCCAGGGCUUCUUUGACCAUAAAGAGCCCGUCUAUACUGUCGCUCUCCAUCCCACCCAGGAACACAUCGUUGCAACUGGUGGUGGCGACGACAAGAGCUAUCUGUGGCGUCUCGACAACGGCGAGAAGAUGUUUGAUCUCGGAGUUCACAGCGAUACCGUUGCCGCCGUAGCGUUCAGCUUUGACGGCGCCUUCAUUGCAAGCGGUGGCAUGGACGGCAAAGUGUUUGUCUUCAAGGUGUCCACGGGCGAGUUGGUGGUGACUCUAGAUGGACCCACCGAAGUUUCGUGGCUGGACUGGCAUCCCAGAGGGCCCGUGCUCCUGGCCGGCUCCGCCGAUGGCACCAUCUGGAUGUGGCAGAUUCCAUCGGGAACAUGCAUGAACGUCUUCUCUGGCCACGUCGAUAUGGUUUCUUGCGGCCAGUUCACACCCGAUGGCAAGGCCAUUGUGUCUGGAUCCGACGACGGCUCUGUCAUCAUCUGGGACCCGAAAACCGCGGCGGCACAGCUCAAGCUGACGAGCGAAGACGCUCGCUUCCAUAGCGACGCAAUCACUACGCUGGCCAUCAACAAGGACAACAACCUCGCUCUGACCGGAUCGGCCGACAGCACUGCCAAGCUCAUUCACAUCGGCAACGGCAAGAUUGUUGCGUCGUUUGAGAGCCACCAGGACUCGGUACAAGCUGUGGGAUUCUCGAAUGUCCUCCCUUUCGCCGCCACGGGAUCGAUCGAUGGCAGCAUGGCUAUCUGGGAUGUCACGACCACCAAGCUGCGGCAAACUGUCAAGCACGAUGACGUCAUCACGUCGCUCAAAUGGCACUCGGACCAACCCCUCAUCACCACCGCCUCCGUCGAUCGAACCAUUCGGGUCUGGGACGCUCGCACUGGGAACUGUGAGCGGGUAUUUAACGGCCACCAGGAUGUGAUUCAUGCCAUUGCCAUUUCCAAGGACGGCAAGACGGUCGUGUCGGCCUCGGAAGACGGCACCUCGCUCGUCUUUUCGGCCUAAGAGCCGGUCCCCUCCGCCCAGGGUCUGGCUGCGACUCGGUCAUUUUCUUGUCUCGCCAGCCCAAUUGCAUCGCAUCGAUGAUGGCUGCUCUCAUGCUCAAUACAGACUCGCUCACACGAGAGGCUGCAUCAGUG